GAUAUUUCUCACUCAGCUUAUCGCCGAGCGUGUAGUUUGUUCCGACUUUCUACACGUAGGUAAUUACAAGCUGAUCCUGGAGGGUACAGAGAUGGAGAAGAUGUACGGAUGCAGGGCUCAAACCGUUAACAGAUAUGAUGAUUUUAAUGUAACUCGUUUUCUGUUAAUGAUCUAUUAAAGAUGUUUAUUUAAAAUAACAGUUUUGCUUCCGCACUGUUUUGAAUUAACUCCGAUAAACGUUUAAGUUUUAAUUGAAAUGUUUGGAUGUAUAAAUUAAAUAUUUUUAAUUUAUUGGGAAUGUUGUGCGUGGAUACCAAUUUAGUAGCAACCCGGUUCGCUAACUUAUUUAUUCGGGUUAUGCGGGUUGGGGUGUUACACUUCCUGGAGGUGUGGAGACCAUGGAGGGGCUGUUCUCUAUAAUCUCAUGGGCCUGCGAUGGGAUUCACACCAAACCGAUUGGUCUAUUGAAUGUGAAAGGGUAUUUUUAUGGCUUGUUGAAGUUUCUUGAUCAUUGUGUGUCACAAAACUUUAUGGAAGGCGCCCAGAGAACGUUGUUUAUUUCUUCUUUCUUUGAUGCGGAAUUGCUUGAUAGACUUGAAUCCGCAAUAGCUUUUCCCGGCGCUCAUGCUAAUUAUGAAGCUCAAGUGAAUUCUGGUGAAGUCGAUUUAACACUGCAUUUGGCUGAAUGGAAUUCAAACAAUGUAGUUUCUUCCAUACCUCUUCAAAAUGAAGAAAUCACUUCAAUCGCCCCUUCUACAAAUCACUUGGCACAUGAUAGCAUUGGUGGUUCACAAUCUCCCCUUCCUAUUGCUGAAACACAAGGAAUAGAACCUCCCAAACAAAGGGAGGAAGAAAGAAAUGAAGAUGAACGAAUGGUUAUUGUCCCCGGGGAUUUUUCAGUGAAUAAAACUGUUCGUGAAGAAGUCAAGCGCAUCAACAAAAGGUUGUUUGAUGGAAAGGCCACUAGAUUCUUAGGCCUCCAAAAUGCUCGAGAUAUAUAUUGGGAACAACUUGAGCAACGUUUUAGAUGGGCUCCUGAGCAUCACUCUAAAGUUUGGAAGAAGUAUUUUGGAUUGGUUGAAAGUGCAUAUCGGAGAAAAAUGAAUCGAAUUCGAACAAAUAUUAUAAAGAAAUCAAUCCCAGAUUUUAAACCAGAAGAAGAUUAUUCACGCUUAAUUCCGUUUCGACCUGAGGAAAUAGGGGAGCAAAAUUGGAGAAAUUUAUGUGCUGUUUGGAAUACACCAGAGUGGAAAAAAAAAUCCAGAGCGGGUUCGACAAAUCAGAGAGGCAUUGUUCUUGAAGAAAUUAUUUCUUCAUUAUUUUUUUUACUAUUUUGUUAUAAUAUAUCCUUGGAGCAUAAAAUGCGGGCUGAAAACGUGAAAGCAAUCCAGUUGGGCUCUACCCCGACUUAUGGGGUUGCUCAAGACCAAAUUAGGUUGAGGGCUUUCCCGUUUUCUUUAGCUGAUAAGGCAAAGGACUGGUUGUACUACAUGCCAGCCGGACUACUUCCUACUGAGAGGGGCAACGUGGAUGCUGCCAGUGGGGGUGCCUUGGUUAAUAAAACACCUGAACAAGCUAGGGAAUUAUUUAAUUUGAUUGCUCAGAACACCCAACAGUUUGGUACUAGGGAAACAUUAGUGAAGAAAGUGAAUGAAAUUGGUAAUUCUUUUAUUGAAAACAAUCUUACUGAACUUACCAAUGCCAUUUCACAACUUACAACUGUCGGAGGGGUUAAGGGAAAACCUUGUGGGGUUUGUUGCUUGGAAGGACACCCUACUGAUGCUUGUCCGACCUUGCAACACCCCGAGGUAAAUGCUGUUUUUCUAAUUCUUACAAUGAGGGAUGGAGAGACCACCCAAAUCUCAGGCAAGCUAAUUGAUGGUGAUGUUACAGCAAGAAGCUCAUUGGGCACCAAGACAAAGUCUCAAUUAUACAGGAAAUUUCUGCUCAACUUGGUCGUCCAUGUCGCUUUGAUGAGUUAUUGCUACAAAUGUGUACAAAUUCGAAGACAGGAAGACUAUUGUAAAAUUCUGUGUGCAAAAAAAGGAGAAGAUCGGGGUACGUGGCCAGUCUUUGAUAAAGAUGCUUGGAUUCAAGCGUCAGGCGGAGUGCAAAAGGGGGAUCAAUGGAUAGGUGUCCCAUUGCAAUUUUCAGACCCCGUGGCAUUCCAUCCAGCUCGUGAGACCCCAAAGGAUUUGGAUGUUACCCAUCGUCCCCUCCAGCAAAGUCGGCUGGAGGUUCCAUUCGCUUCCUCCUCUAGAAGGAGGUGUUACGUUCCCAUCUACCCCUUCCCUCUCCCAAUAAUGGAUAGAAAGCCAUGCAACUCUCAAGAAGUUGAAAUAAGGAAGGGGCCUUGGACUAUGGAAGAGGACUUGAUUCUCAUAAACUACAUUUCUAAUCAUGGUGAAGGUGUUUGGAACUCCCUAGCUCGCUCUGCCGGUCUGAAACGAACUGGGAAGAGUUGCCGCCUGCGGUGGCUGAACUACCUCCGGCCUGACGUCCGGCGGGGAAAUAUCACGCCGGAGGAACAACUUUUGAUCAUGGAAUUGCAUGCCAAGUGGGGAAACAGGUGAUGAACGACCAUUAUGCUUAUAUAGUAACACUCUUUAUUACUGAGUUUUGUUUUUAAUACUCCCUCCGUCCCCCAUAGAUCAUCUCAUUAGUCCUUUUUAUUCGUCCACCAUAGAUCUUCUCAUUACCUUUUUUAAUAAUUAAAAUACCACAACUACCCCCACUUACUUUAUUUAUUACACCUCACUCACCUCAUUUAAUACACUCCACCCAUUUUCAUUAAAGCAAGAGGAAGCUUGGACACUAGCUCGAAACUGGAAACUUUGAAAGGAGAGGAAUUUGACGUGCGCCAGUGGCUGCUGACGUCGUUGGAGAAGAGAGAAGUCUGACGUGCGCCGGUGGCUGCUGACGUCGUUGGAGAAGAGAGAAUUCUGACAUGCACUGUUAGCUGCUGACAUCGUUGAAGAAGAGAGAAAUUGACGUGCGCCGGUAGCUAACGUCGAAGAAGAAGAGAGAAGUCUGACGUGCGCCGGUGGCUGCUGACGUCGUUG